GCAUACAUUUUCAUAUUUGUUCGUACUGGUCCCCCGUUGGAAUUGAACCCAUAACCCUGGCAUUGCAAGUGCCAUGUUCUACUGAGAGUGACCACCAGGGUUGCCAUCCAUUUCAUUUCCAGUCAGUUCGGGAAGUACACUACAAUUCCAAUCCAUUCUCUUUGGAUUAUUAUUAUUAUUAUAAAAUGUUAUUUUUUGACUCAAAUUCCAAUGUGAUUUACCCCAACUCUGGACUGUACCCUGAGAUACUUGUAUACUAUGCUAUGAAAUGUUCUGAGGAACUUUUGUACCAACAUUCCCAAGAUGUAAUAUAGAAAAUAUUUACAGAAAUACAUAUAUAUGUAAUACAAUGAAUAUGCACUCGGUGGUUUCAAAUGGUUUUGUGUCUGAUAACUCCUAUAGCAUACUGUACUUUACAUUAUGAAAUAGUUAAUGCUUUGUGGGUGUGUGAAAUCAUAAUAAUAUUUUUACGUAUCUCACGCCUAAUUGUUGCAAUGCAUAUACACGAUACAUAACGUUCAAUUUAGCUCUAGGACCAGAUAAUGAAACAUUUACGAAAACGCCACACCAGACGGUGCUGGAGGUUUUGGGUCCACGCCACCUUCACUACCUAGUGGGCGGAGCGACUUUUGUAGUCUUUUAGACAUGUCAACAACAUGCCGGAGUCCAGGAGUGAGGCAGAGACCGACGAGAAAGGAGAAAAGCCUUCUAAAAACAUAAUUUCUGUAAUUUCUCAGUUCGCUGACGAUCAUUUAACCUUUGUCCGGAACAUCAGUACUGGACUAGCAAUUGCCGGGGUAAUAGUAAUAUCAAGGAGUAUUAAAUUGAUGACUAGGUUUGGCGUAGCCUCUGAGAUCCCAGCACGGUUCAUAGAGAACAAUGUGAGCCUCAGAGGGAGGGUCCAGACCAUCACAGAGAGAGCCCUGGAAGUGGAGCACGUCCCCAUCUACAUCCCUCUCCUCUCCCCCCUGCUGACUAAAGGUGGUGGUGGUGUGUUUCCCCUGGCUGUGCGCCUGGCGGGGGUGGAUCUGACCCCAGAGGGGAGGGCGUGGCUUGAGCAGCACCUGAGCCCGGCCCAGACGGUGUGGCUCAAACUGGUCAGCAGAGAGGAGGAGACACUGCACUGUCUGGUGUCUGUUAGAAGGGGGUCACUGAGGAGUCUGUGUCUGAAUGACGAGGUGUUGAGGUUGGGUCUGGCACGCACCGUCCCAGUCUCUGGACUCCACCCCCAGUCCCGUCUCUACCUGCGGCUCCACCAACGGCUGCUCAGGGCAGAGGUCAAGGCCGAGCGGAAGGGGCGGGGCAUGUGGAAAGAGGACAGCCUAUGGGAAAGGACCUCACAGGCUGUCAGGGAGAACUCACUGGUCAGACUGAUCAGGAGGAUCUUCAAGUGGACAUGAUUGGUUGAUUGACUGACUGACUGACUGAUUGGUUGACUGACUGACUGACUGACUGAAUGAUUGGUUGAUUGACUGACUGACUGGUUGAUUGACUGACUGACUGAUUUGGUUGAUUCAAGUGGGCUUGAAAGGAAGUUUAUGAAUGUAGCAAGGUUCAAGCCACGUCCACCUGGGAAUACAGCUCUGCCAUCAUUUGUCUGUUUUUGAGAAGUGGGCCAUCUAUUUGUCAACUAAUUGCCACUUCACCGAUUGCUGUCAAAAUAGAAACUGAUAAUAUUCAUACGAUUACCCGUGCAAACCAUCUUUUCUCCUGUACUUUAAUGUCGGGUAAAAAUGUGAAACGAUGUCUCAAAAAGAUGGGGGUUACAUGGGGUUGACCCACGUGUCUAUCAAAGUUGAUAUGUCGAUGGGGAUUAAACGCACUGACACGGCAACUACAUGACCA